AUGAGUGCCUUGAGCGAAAUUCGUGUAGAAAACGCCCGAGGUCACCUGGCUGGACAAUGGUAUUGUGUGGUUCGCUCUGCUUUUGGGUUGACAGUUUCGGAACCGGUCUUCCUUCAGGUAUUCUCGAGUAUGUACUCCGAGCAGGUAUAUUACCUUUCUCUGUGCUACGGAUAUGGAGCCAUGUUGGUGCUAUUGUUAAUUGGCAUAAUUGGCGGCACUAUCCGCUACUGCAGCGAAACUCGAUGCAUGCGCCGUCCACAACCUCCGUUUGCUUACGGUGGAAAGACGUUUAUUGGCGUAAUUCCCGUUCCCGAAGUGGAUGGAGAGUCCUCACAGGAGAAAACCGAAGAAGUCAACACAACGUAUGAUCUGAACGAAGGAUCGUUGCGUUACGUGUCUACUGGUCGAUUCUGCAACAUUUGUUUGAAGCCGUACACCUAUUGGUUUUGUAACAAUUGUCGUGCCGUUCAUUUCGCAGAAUGCCUUUUCCCACCUGAUCAGGUCAAGCAGUAUGCGCCGGGUGACGUGCCAUUCGGUGAGAUAGCGUCUGAUGGCGAGAUCAAACUUCUUUCCCAAGUGCCUCCUUGCGCGACGGAAUCGGAAUCAUUUUCUCAAGUUAUUCCCGGAACAUCCACUGUACCAGUUCUUGAUGCUCAUGAGCCACUGAUGCCUCAUUCUCAUGGAACACACCAAGUUGCACAGGAAGUCGCAGGCACCGAUCGGCAGGCUACGUCUAUGUCAUCUGAUUAUGUAUAUGUUCGCUCUGGAGACUGUAUGAUCAAAGUUCGACCUUCCCAUGAAAGUCUUGAUGGCUCUUUAAACAGCACUCAGCUGCUCGUUGAUUCAAUUUGUUUACAUUCCAAGCAACGACCUAGCAGUGCGGACGUCAAGCUCAUAGUUUCAAAUGAAAAGUUAGCUGAAGAAUACCGGGACGCUCUCGCCGACUUAGCACGUGCUGUUGAAAGUCCUGACCCUGCACAUUUUCGUGAGCACCUAGAAGCUUUCAGAAGCCGAUUGCGUCGGGAUGUUGGUCAUGGUGUCAAGGUGUUACGGGGGGAAUUCCGCGGUCUUCGUGCCAAAUCUGCCAAAAGUGUAGCCAAUCUACGAAGUCAGAGUUCUGCGGCAGCUCAAAAAAUGCGCGCUGGAUUUUCCCAUGGAGUUCAACAAGUCAAAGGUGGUAUGCGUAGUAUGGCCGAACUGUGUAGUCGAACUGGGACCAUAGGUCAAACUAUCUCCGUUGUCAGUGUCUACGUGGAUGAAACAGACCAAGUUAGAAAGGAACGUUUUAUUUCUGACUUCGUGUUUUGA